CCGCACUCCCGAAACUCUUCCUAGACAGCUGGCGGCUGAUCUCGCGCACACCGAUGCUGACCUAACGGGUCUGCUUGAGCACGUGAACGCCAGAUCACCCCGAGUCUCUACUCGCCUUCACCCCGCCUCGGCCAACAUGAAGGAGCGGAGGGUGAGCCAGCCUCUGGUGGUCCGCUGUAAACUUGUUCUGGUGGGGGAUGUCCAGUGCGGGAAAACAGCGAUGCUGCAGGUGCUGGCCAAGGACUGUUACCCAGAGACUUACGUCCCCACCGUGUUCGAGAACUACACCGCCGGCCUGGACCUGGAGGAGCAGCGUGUGGAGCUCAGCCUGUGGGACACGUCAGGUUCUCCGUAUUAUGAUAAUGUCAGGCCACUCUGCUAUAGUGACUCAGAUGCCGUACUGCUCUGCUUCGACAUCAGCCGACCUGACACUGUUGACGGCUCACUGAAAAAGUGGAAGACCGAGAUCAUGGAUUUCUGUCCCAGCACACGCAUCCUCCUAGUUGGCUGCAAGACAGACCUGCGCACGGAUGUGUGCACGCUGAUGGAGCUGUCCAAUCAGAAAAUGGUGCCCAUUUCUCAUGAGCAGGGGUCUUCAUUAGCGAAGCAGGUCGGAGCAGAGGCGUAUCUGGAAUGUUCGGCGUUCACAUCAGAGAAAAGCAUCCACAGUGUUUUUCGCUCAGCUGCGCUCGCUUGCCUCAACAAGCUACAGCCGUCAGUCAAACCCAGCCCGGGCCGACGACUGUCCAAACGCCUGCUGCACCUGCCUAGCAAGGCCGAGCUUCUGAGCUCCUCCCUUGGCAAGGAGAGGACCAAGAGCUGCUGCAUCAUGUGACUAUUUACAGUUGAAACAGACCAACAGAAGGGCAGUUUUGGGGAGAGAAGAGGUUGUGACCUUUGCUGGCUCCUCGUCUCCCCCCACCACACUCACGUUUUGCCUUCUCCGUUUGAGUUACUUUCAACGUCCUCCCUCUUCUGCUUAACGAAUGGCAGCUUCUGCUGAACUUUCCCUGUGUGGAGUUUUUUUUUUCCUAGCACAUUUCUUGCUUACAGAACUUCAUAUGAACUUAAUUUUGUAUUUAAGGAACCUGGUUUGUUCAUUUAUGACUUAUAACUAAUUGUUGUGUAUGUGUACAAGAAUGAGUUUUGAACUGUGAAUGCAUUUGAACUGUAUGCAUUUGAACAAAAAGGCUUCCUAUACAUGGUUUGCACUUUAGGGUGUUUACUGGAUCUCUGAGGUACUGCAUCAUUUUGUAUUUUGCAACAUGCCCAAAUGAGGACUUUGGCUAUUUUUGUCUAUGGGGAAAAAUGAAUGGUGCUUUCAAAAAUUCUCUUUAUAUCCAGUUGUAAACAAGCCAAUGCAUUUUGUCCUGAGUGGUUUCCCCUAAACCUCCCCAAGUCUCAGAAUUAUGAGACCUUUAAGUGAAAAUAGGAGUAAUCCAGAAAUGAGUAUUUCUGUAUACCAGUGGUGAACCGUGAUCAUUAGAGCUAGGUCUUCAAUUCAGGUAAUAAAUGUCAAAACAGGAUUUAAAAACCCUAAACAGUGAUCUUCAUGUACAUGUUUGUCAGUUCUAGAUUAAAAACAGAUGUUUGAAGCUUCUGAAAGACAUUCUAUGUUUUUCCUGAAGGUUGUGACAGACAAAUUAGGAUAUAUUUUACCUUGUAGAGGACUGGGAUGGAGCUGCUGCUGCUGCUGCUGAUGCUGUUUUCCAUUUAGGCUGCUACUGGUAUUCAGUCAUUGAUGUAUCUGGGAUUUCCAGAAGUGAUCACAAAAUUGGCCCUGUCUACUGCAAAUCAAAAAUGAUUGGUUAAUUCCUCUGUCACUUCUUAAAUUAUGCAAAUGAGCCAUCUAAUGCCAGGAUUUGCUGGCAUUAGAUACCACGUAGGUAUCUAAUGGCAUACGUAGGUAGAUACCACGGAGAAAAUCCUAACUGGCCAAUUUUCCGCUCAGCAUUUCAAAAAUAAAAUGCUUUUGUUUCCACACAAUAUUCAACAAUGAAACAAAUGUAGUGUUCAUGCAUGGUUUUAAAUAUGUGCCAGCUCUUUUACUGGCCAUCCCAAAUGUCACCCCAAAAACUGGCUUCCAGCUCAUUAUGGGGCAGGCGUUUGUGACUUCAGAUGAGAGCUGGUUUAUUAUCAGCAACUGGCAAAACAACUCUCUCUCCAGUCCUGCACAUUUAACUGAGAAUCACUAAGCUACACCAACCUAUGGCUACUAUUGUAACUGUACACUGCAAUACUUUCAUACAACAACACUAGCUUUUCAUAUUGUAGCCUAGAAUUGCCAAAGCCACUUGGGUACCACAAAGCUUGCUAGUUUGUGUGGGAUAUUCUGGCGAGAUUGUCCGUUUUAUGAUGCAACUUGAAUGCACGAAAGUGUUUGUAGCAUACAUGUAGCAAAAUUCAUAACCACUUAACGACUCCACAAUUCAAAAAAUAGUUCUAUUUGGGGGAAACUUAACCAGGACACAAUGUAUUGUUGGUUAACCACAGCACUUUUUUUUCACUGAGAAAAGAGGCUUAGAGUCAGGGCUUGUCUGGAUGCUAAAAGUGAGCUACAAAAUGAUGAUGAAUCCUCAGGAGUCUACAGGAAACCAGAUCCAGUGAUUACUGUGGACUUAAUACAUGAGACAGGCCAAAGUAUGAUUGCUGUUUGAUUAGAGGACGCCAAAGGGUAAGGGGAGGAGCCGGAGGUUUAUCUCCCCUCGAAAAAGGAAAGAGCGGUUAUAAAUCUGACACCGGAUAGAGCAUGCAAUCACAUGUAGGGAGUCAGAACGUGUUUAAAAUGCUGACUCGUGUUCUAUUUCUCUCUUACUCUCUCACAGAUACACGUGUUUCCCUGCUUCAUCUCAUGUCUGUCCAUAAAUCUUAGCCAGUGAACCCUUCAGAGAGGGACCAGCCUGGCCGGUUCCUGAAAUAACAUAAACGAGCUAACAGUUGUUCAAUGUGAAUGUUGCCUGACCCCACAGCUACUGCGGAGUGCAAAGCCUGUUCGAACAGGCUUAGGACAGAGGAGACGGGUUUAGCUGAGAAGACAGGAGGCCAUUUCAGCCCAGCUCAGUCUGAUGAGAGGUUAGAUAAGAAACAACCACACUUUCGUCCUUUCUCUAAGACCGCCUUCCCUUUGAUUUUAAAUGACUGAUUAACUCCUGAGUUGCUGUCCUUACAUCACGCCUGUAAUUGGUUGAUUGGGACUCUUUUGUUAGAAUAUGAUUAUGCUCUUGCCUGGUUUGAACAGCAUUACUCCUUAUAAUUGAUUCUGUUUGGAAGGCUGUUUUGAGAUCCCUUUCAGGGAAAGAGUUCUGAUCCGUCUUUAAACCUUAUUUGGAUGAUCUCUCUCGCUUUAAUCCCGCCACAGGAUUGCGUAACUCGGAGAAAAGUGAAUCUUUUGGUCAUGUAGCAAUCACUGGAAAGCUCAAAGCACCUCAGUUGACUCUGCGAGAUAUUGACCAUUAAUUAUUAUUAUUAUUAUUAUUGUUGUUGUUGUUAUUAUACCCCACUAACUUAAUUCAUUCAUUGAUAAUAAUAAAUAUUGUUCAAUAUAAAUCAUUAUUAAAUUAAGGAAAAUGGUUCCAAUUCUUACCCUUGCUGAGAAAUUUUGGAUUAUAUUUACUUUGUGUAAAGAUACAAUCAGUACAUGGUUUGGGAUUUAUUAGUAUUAUUAUUAUUUUUUUGUAGGCUAAGGAUUCCAUACAUAUAGACGUAUUCUUCUUUCAGAUUGAACCUUUAACUUUUUAAAACUUUGACAUACAAGAAUCUUUCUCCUCCCCAAAGAAGACCUCAUUAAACCAUGCACAAAGGUAAACGGUAACUGACUGAAACCCAUAAAAAAACACAAGUGAUUUGACAAUUCCCUUUGAAACCUGCUUGUAAACCAUAUAUUGAUUUUUCUAUCAAUUUAACGAGACAAAUGGGUUCCCGACUCAGCUUUUGCCAACAGUAUCAGAUACUGUCAGAAUAGCUUGUUGUGGGGUAAGUGUAGGCCCUCCUACUGGAUCACGCAAGUGGGCUUCGGUGUAUAAAUCUAACAGGCUGGUCCUGUCACAGUGUCGCCCCCACCCCCCAACCAUCUUUGAACGUGCUGUAAUUUUGUUUCUCUUUACUUCGUCAUUCUCUCGUGUUGUGUUCCGACUCUGCCUGCCAGCAUUCCUGUCUUUUGUCUAUUGGCGGGUGGGGAAAUGGAGCCUCUGAAGCUGUAGACUGAAGCUGUAGACUUUGUGAGUUUGAUAUGCACACAGCCUUGUGCAUCACCCUACACGCACUGCGCUGGAAUUCGACGGUGUUGCCUAGCAACAGCCGAUGGGGAUGGCAUGUUUCAAGGCUGCCAGAUGAAGAACAAGAAGUGAGGACAGGUUCCCUCAUUGUAGCAUUACACAUUGUCCUACUGCUGUGGCCUUGGCUAUGAAGAAAACUUGUGAAAUGAGUUUAUAGGCUGCCGGCCUCUCCCGCACACAUUCUCACUAAGAACACUGUGUAGUACCACACUGACUUUAUUAUGGCCCGAAUGACAAAAUGUUUACAUCAGUCAGGCUCUAAUUUUACACACACCUACUAAUUACCCCCCCCCACUCCCGCUCCUUUGGAUACUUGGUCUGGAUGUACAUAUCUCAGUUUUGUAUAAUAAUCUUUGUACAGCCCUCGACGCAAUAUCUGCAAAAGAGUUAAUACCUGCUGGACAUUUACGUGUGAAAUGCAGCCUUAACGUUGUGUGCUUUGUAAUUCUAAUUUAUUGAACAAAUUGAUGUUGUGUUUACUUCUGCUUUUGUCCACGUUUUCUCUCCUCUGAUAAGCUGUGGUUCUUGACUUCAUUAAAAAAACGGUUUUAUACUGUAAA